GUGGAGCCUCAAUCAUAAAGACCCAGAUAUUUUCUGAGGGCUUGGUGGAGACUAAACAAGAGUUAAAAGGAGCAUGUAUAUUAGAUUUAUAUUCACUUGAGGUCCAGAAAGACGAUCUCGAUGAAUAUUAUUUGCUCCUCUAUGAUGCUGCUGCUGCUGGAUGUCAAAGUCAUCCUCAUGUUCUGGGAGACCUUCACUGAGCCACUGCUUCAUGGUCCUGGGGAAAAAGCUCGUCUAGCGCCCCCCUAAGUUGACAGUCGUAACCCUUCAUCCAAUCCACGGGGACAGGACCGCGGCUCUGUCAGUUUCUUUCCCCGCUCUUGAGCGCCCGGCGAUGCGGUGCUGAGCAGGUGCGAGCAUCGUGAAGGACACGCAGACGGACGGACGCGUUUGCCCGCUACAGAAGUUGUGUCACCUCUUUGAGCAAGCUUGCUAGCUAGCUAGCUAACUAGUUUAUGGACGAGCCAGGAGGGGAAGUACGUGAGAGAGCGAAAGGACAGGAGGAAACCUGUGGAGCAAGAACAGGACAAGAGGAGGAGAGAUGAUGAGGGGAGUGAGAAAGGAGUGAAAAGCAGAAGUUAAGUGAAAGAGAGAGAAGAGGAGAAAAAAUUGUGAUGAAGAGCCAGAAGGAGAGAAGUGGAGAAGUGAGAAGAGGACAGAAGUGAAAGUCUGGAUUUGAAUGGGGGAGAGAAGAAAGGACGGAGUGACAGAGAAGGUGAGGAAAAGGAUGAAGGAGAGAAUAGGAAAUGAGAUGUGAAAACUUGCGGAGAAAACAGGUGAAUAGGAAAAGGGACAAGAGAUGAAAAUGUGUUGAGAAGAAAGGAGUGAAGAACAAAGGAGUAAAGGAGGGCAGAGGUGCCAGGAGCAGAUUGGAGGACAUUGCCAGGGAUAAAUGAGUGAGCUAAGAGAGCGUGAGAGAAGUUAAGAAGAAAAGAGGAGGAAAGGAGAACAGAGUGACCAGGAGUAGAUCAAAUAAAGAAAAACAGGAGGUCCUGCUAAUGUUCCAUCAGCUGAGCUUCUAGCUGUAACCCCACCAGGUGGUUCUCACUUCAACAUCAUGCUGCACCUCACCCUGCUCCUAGAUCUCCUGCUCCUCUCACUCUCCCUUGCAGAUGCAUCGAUGCAUGGGGAGGUACCUGACUUUUAUGGAGACGAAGCCACAGGUUACGGGCCAGUGUUUGAGGAGCAGCCGGUGGAUACCAUCUACCCCGAGGAGUCACCCGAGGCCAAAAUCACCAUGAACUGCCGGGCCAAAGCCAAUCCACCUGCCACAUACAAAUGGAUGCUGGGCAGCAAGGAAAUUGACUUGAAAGAAGAACAGAGCCACUACAGUUUAGUGGGAGGCAACCUGGUCAUCAGCUACCCUAUUAAAAACCAACAUACAGGAAUGUACACCUGUUUGGCUACCAACAUGUACGGCACAAUCAUCAGCCAAGAGGCUUCUGUCCAGUUCGGGUAUCUUGAUCUUUUCUCAUCGGAGGAAAGGGAGUCGGUGUACGUCAAAGAGGGACAGGGGGCAGUGCUGCUCUGUGCUCCUCCACCACAUUAUCCAGAAGAGCUGUCAUUCCGAUGGAUACUCAACGAAUUCCCCACCUUCAUCCCACUGGACAAGAGGCGUUUUGUCUCCCAAAGCACGGGCAACCUCUAUAUCUCCAAAGUGGACUCCUCAGACAGCGGCAACUACUCCUGCAUUGCAUCCAGCCCGUCAAUUUCCAAGAGCGUCUUCUCCAACUACAUCCCUCUAGUGCCUCUGGCUGAACGUCCCAUCAGGAAAUACCCUGCUGACCUUAAAGUCAAGUUCCCUGACACCACUGCUCUGGUGGGGCAGAAUAUCACCUUGGAAUGCUUCGCUUUGGGGAACCCCGUCCCUGAGAUCCGCUGGAAGAAGUUAGAUGGAGAACUGCCACUCAAUCACGAGGUGCGGAUGGCGGGGGCUCAUCUGCAUCUGUACAAUGUGCAGUUUGAAGAUGCCGGCACAUAUACAUGUGAGGCAUUGAACUCAAAAGGAAAGGACUACCACACUGCGCGUGUGUCUGUGGAAGCUUUUCCUGAGUGGGUGAAGCACAUCAGCAGCACAGAGAAAGACUUAAGUAGUGACUACACCAUGUCCUGCAUAGCCAGUGGUAAACCUAAACCAAGCAUCCACUGGCUGAAGAAUGGAGAACUGUUUGACAAGAAAGAGAUGAGGUUCAGAAGCUUGACAUUUGACGAUUCAGGGAUGUACCAGUGCACAGCAAAAAAUCCUCAUGGAAUCAUCUAUGCCAGUGCAGAGCUGCGUGUGUUUGCCUGUGCUCCAACGUUUGAACACAACCCAGUGAAACGAGUCCUGGCAGCUAAAAACGGCCGGGUGGUGAUCGAAUGUCGACCCAAAGCGGCCCCAAAGCCUACCUUCUCCUGGAGCAAAGACACCGAAUUGCUUUCCAACUCUACCAGAGUGUUCAUCUGGGAGGAUGGGAGCCUGGAGAUCCUCAAUGUGACGAGAGCAGAUGAAGGCAGGUACACCUGCUUUGCAGAAAAUGACCGGGGCAAGGCCAACAGCACAGGCUCUCUGUUGGUUACAGAGUCCACAAAGAUCACCUUGGCCCCAUCUAAUGCUGACGUUAAAGUGGGUGAAAACGCCUGGAUGCAGUGUGCCGCAUCACAUGACCCCUCCCUGGACAUCACCUUCCUCUGGUCCUUGGAUGGCCGGGUUAUUGACCUACACAAGGACAGCCAACAUUAUGAACGCACCCCGAAUGGAAGCUCAAAUGGUGAGCUGUUGAUUAAGAACGCCCAGCUGAAGCUUGCUGGACGCUACACCUGCACUGCACAGACCCCCGUUGACAACGUUACCGCCUCGGCCCAGCUGGUUGUCAGGGGUCCCCCUGGUGCCCCAGGUGGGGUGCAAGUGAUGGACAAAACUGACAAGAGUGUAACGUUGCAGUGGAGCCGUGGAGCAGACAACCACAGCCCCAUCUCCAAAUAUACCAUUCAGUACAGGGACUCCUACUCGAAUGAUGUCUGGAAGGAUGCCACCACAUCUCCCGCAAAUGUAGAAGGGAAUGCAGAGACAGCCACAGUGGUGGAUUUGUUCCCCUGGACCGAGUACGAGUUCAGAGUGAUUGCCACCAACACACUGGGCACAGGAGAGCCAAGCAGCCCGUCACGUAAAGAGAAAACCUUGGAAUCAGUUCCUUUGGUGGCGCCCUCUGACGUUGGCGGGGGCGGAGGGACAAGCAGGGAGCUGAUCAUCACGUGGACGCCUGUACAGCAGAGGUACUACUACGGGCCUAAUUUUGGCUACAUUGUGGCCUUCAAGCCCAGCGAUGGAAAUGAGUGGAGGAAAGUGACAGUCGCCGACCCCCAGGCUAGGCGCUAUGUCCACAAAGACUCCUCCAUCCCUCCUUCGACAGAGUUCCAAGUCAAAGUCAAAGCAUUCAACCGCAAAGGAGAGGGACCCUACAGCCUAAUGGCCUUAAUUUAUUCUGCGCAGGAUGUUCCAUCUGAUGCUCCUGCCAGUGUUGACGGCAGAGCUCUCUCUGCCACAGAGGCCAUUGUGUGGUGGCUGCCCCUCUCACAGAGCAAUAUAGAUGGAUACCAGGUGAAGUACUGGAGGAAUCAGGAAGACAGCGAGGGGGGAGCCUUGAGAGUGGUGGUGCCCGGCAGGGAGAAUCAAACCAGGCUGGAGGGUAUGAAGCCCGACUCCCUCUACCUUAUUGAAGUUCGGGGCUUCAACUCUGCAGGAUAUGGGCCACCCAGCAAGUACCUCCAGAUCCACACCAAGAAAGCCCCUCCAAGUCGACCCCCCAGAAUAAUAGGUAAAAAGUUAAAAGGCCAGUCGGUAAAUAUUGCCUGGGAACACGUGGAACCACUGGCUAACGAGGCAUCAGUAGACGGUUACAAAGUGCUCUAUAGGCAGCAGGGCCACUCCACAGGCACUCUGUACACAACCAGCAGGCGGUACAUUGACCUUCCCCGGCCCGCAAAUGGUGACUAUGUGGUGGAAGUGCGAGCGCACACAGAGGGAGGAGAUGGGGCUGUGGCACGAAUCCACAUCACAGGUGGAGGUGUCCUGGCGGCCCAGUCUCUCAGCAUACUCUCCCUGCUCCUGGUAGCUGUCCUCUGCCUGAACCUCUGAAUGUAGCGCCAUCUUUGUCUUCACUGCCCGUGAAGGAGACUCUUUAUGGUUGACGCCUAUAAGGACUUUGGGACUCUUUCCACAAUCUUUUGGUUCCGCCCUUUAACUGGGACUUCAUAUUCCAACUCUUCCCCUCCGGAAUAUGUUCGUGGAAAUUGACACAGAAAUGGAAAAAUUGGAAAUGGACAUCCCUUAUUUAUCCACAAAAAGCCUCUUUGGAGGAGUGUCAAAGGAGUUCUGUCAACUUUUUAAAUAUGCCUUAUAUAAAUGACUGCACUUAUCUUUCACAAUAACUUGUUUUAAAAUGGAUCAUGACUGAAAGUGCAAAACCUACACUUUGCACAGGUUGGCUGUUUAGUCUUUUUACAUCAUGAAGCCGACCUUUUUGAUACAGAUAAAGAUGCUGUAUGUUCAGAAAUGUAGGUUUCAUUUGAUCUGGGUAAUAUAUCCUGCAGUGCAUUCCAUAGUUUAAGGUAAACAAGCAGCUGUGAAGGAUAAGUGUAUAUAUUUAUAAAUAUGUCUUUAUGUAUUUCUUUAAUUAAUAUGUCUUUAUGGCAUUUUAUUCUAUUUUCUUUUAAAAAUGAAGCACAUCCUUUGUCAGAGAUACAGUCAAAGCAAAUCUCAACUUCUCAUACUUGGUUUUAUUAACAAGCAUCAUAGAGAAAAGCAAUUAAUGUCAUGCUGAAAUAAUAUAUCCACUUCAGUCAGAGAUCUUUAUGUCAAGGAAUUGACCAUUUAUAGCAUGUGGUCAUACAGUUAGGGUGGCGGAAAAGGCUUGAGGGAGCUCUCAAAGAAUCAGAGCAGUAGCAAGGAUUCAGCUGAGAGACAUAAUAAAAUAAAUCUUAGUUAAAUGAACAAUACCAGAUACAAUACCAUGUAAGGAAGAGGUUAGGGUGGUAGAGGGAGCUGCAGUAUCAGUGUUUGCAUGAGCGCAAUCUGCAACAUAAUAGUAAACUGAACACACAACAGCACAUCACCUGCAAUCAUUCACAAGCCACAAAUGCCAAUAAUUCAUGCUCAUCACAAAUCUGAACAACAGCACGGCAGCAAAUCUAAAAGGGGAUCAUAGCUAACAGUAAUAGAGCCUCAUAGCUUACUCGCAUUGCCAAGCAAACACAGCCUGUACCACCCAAAACAUUCUAUGUCACUAGCAAUAAAAAAAAGCACGCGCAGCAGAUGUUUGGUUGCGGUCCGACAGUGAACACAGGAAAACUCUGCUUCUGUCCUGGCGUCUGAACCAGUUUGAAUGAACUAAUGAUUGUGAUGCUUAUUGGAAAACAGCUCUUGCCAGUCAGCCGAUACUUGCAUGACUUCAGUGCUUUGCCUGAACAAACGCUAUGCUUCAUUUCAGUCAACCACACAUGGGUCAAGGAACUGACCAAUUAUAGCACAUGGUCAUACUGUUGGAUUUGGCAGAAAAGGCUCUGCUCUUUUAAGGAGCUCAAGAAUCCGAGCAGGAAUGAGGAUUCUGUUGAGAGAUCUAAUACCCCAAAACAAAAUAUCCUCCCUGCAUGAUAACUAUAAGCAGGGAGUUCAUCAAAAACAACAGAGCCAAUGCAAUCUGCCAUCCUAAAUCUAUACAACAAGUAUGUUGCAUUUUCCCCUGAAUGCUAGCUUAGCCCUUCUCAUCUCAGAUGAAGUUCAGACAACAUCCUGGCUAUGAUACUACUACAAUUAAAAUGUAGUCUCAUCCAGACUAUGUAGAGAAACGCAUGUUGCUCUUAGAUGCAAGCCGGGCCUCCUCUCUUUUAAAGCAUAUACCAAAGUAUUCUCAAGUGAUCAGCUAAAUAGCAUGCAUGAGCUAAUAGAAAACCCUAAAACAACUCCAAAAAUAUGCCCAAAACCAAUUCAGCUAAUCAAAAAUAAACAGCAUGUGCUUGCCUUGUUGCUAAUGUCCAGACAACAUCACAAGAAAUUAGUUCAACUGCUACACAAACAAUGCAGCCUCAUAGACACGUGUGUUGUGUUGAAAUCUGUUUUCCUGUCUAUAUGUGUUUCCCCUUGCCUUAAGCUGAACUCAACCUUAUCUAAACCCAACCAGUUAUCUAACUAUACCUAACCAUAACCUUAGCUAAGCGCUAAGGGGGCAUUCAUUCAGACCAGAAACAACCCUGCGAUAAAUUAACUAGGGGGUGUGUUGCUUCAGGUACUGGUGAGAAAAGAAAUACAAUUCAGGAAGUCCAGCUUGACGUUACGAGCCACACAGCUGUGAAGCUAAUCUUCAUCAAGUCAUAUGGUUUUCUAUCUAAUAUGCUAUGGAUGUUCUACGUGAUUUGAACAAAAAUAGAUUGUUUUGACCUGCAAUCACUGCUUAGUCCUAAAUCAUCAUAUGAGCUAUUAUUAGAAUAUCAUUUGCAAGGUGUGUGCAUGCUGACAUUAUUUUGAACUUGGAUCCACAUUUGCAAAGCUGAAUGUAAAGCAAAUCGUGGCAAUAGUAAGUGAACAACAUAUCAGACACGCAGUUUCAAAACGCAUAAUUUCCCAGCUAUGUGUGAGAGUGUUAAUUUAAUUUGCUUACCACCUCUGGUUAUGUUUUCACAACUGCGCAGUGAUCAAGGCUUUGCCACAACAUCUCGAGACUGAAGUUUGCUCCAUGUUAGUGAACUAAACCUUAGCUACAAGCAUUUUUGUUUUGACUGUAUCAUUAGGACCUCAGUGGUACCAGCUGGUGCUUUGUAAAGAAUGUUGGCAUUUUAUUUAGUGUGAACAUUUCAUUUCAUCUCUCUCAUUUACGGCUUUGUGUGAGAGUCACUAUUAACAUGUACAGUGAAUGGUAGUGAUGCUCAUGCCCUCCAACAGUUGUGCAAUGUCUGAUUCAUCUGUGGCUACUUUAUAUUUUCUAAUAAGACAACUUGCCUAGCUCCUAUAACAGUAAUCUAGUAUAUUUCAUUUUUCAUUAUCUUGUACAUGUAUAAACAAAAGAUAAGUAAAGCCAUCCAUGUAAGCGGUAAGAGCUCGUCCAAAGCUCGUGACGUUGUUUCCACUGCAUUAUUUUUGUCUUUUUAUUAACAUGUGAUCAGAGAUAUAUAAACAUUAUCAACUGCUGUCAUUUUGUUUAUGAUUAUUAUAUAUGUUUGUCUUGACCCACCUCUGGUUGGACAGUUUAAAAGUUUAUUUCCCUCAAAUGGAGGAAAAAAUGCUGCGUUUUGAAUUCCUCCGAUUCAUUUCUGUUGUGACUGAUGCUGGCCAUGCGUCUACAUUGUGACUAUAUCAACAUCCACCACAAAGUGCUUUUCCCAGUUUCCCUUCAUGCAACGAAUCAUAAAAAGAGUUGCCAAAUGCAUGAAUGCCUUGAACUUUGACAUUUUGGACGAAACAGUGGCUCUACAUUCUUACAUGCAUGACAUUGGAGACAAAGUGAUUCAUUACUUUGCAAAAAAAAAAAAAAAUCUACGUCAUAGCUUCUCCAAACCUCUCAGCUUCAUUUAAAAUACAUUCCAUUCCUGAGUGACAUCCCUUUACGUCACAAACAGAAUAGAUCUAAGUCUAAUAUGUGCAUUAGCUGCUACAUUAAGCCAAUCAUCUCAUAUAAAGUUGUUGGGGGAGCGUUUUUAGAGAGAAAAUCUAAAACUGACUAAAGGAAUCUCAAUCAACUUCAGAAUGGUCCUGCAGUUUUGCGCACAUGAUGGUUGGGAUUUGAUAGCAUCACUGGUGGCAGUGGCGGCAUGUUUGGCUGUUUGCUCAAGUUCAGCGCUUGGCUGGACGUGAACAUCACGUGUGAGGGAUGAAACUGGAACCUCUCAUUGGCUGGACAAGGAACAAUAAAAGUGUAGUUAACUAUUA